GUUGUUCUCUGGGUUACUGCCUGAUAUUUUGUAUAAAUACAGGCACCAAUGCCAGGUUCGUUCAUCACUCGGAUCCCGAUUCUACAUCGUGUUGAGCGAGUCCUGGCAAGAUGAUCUGGUUUCUGUGUGUCCUCUCUCUGGCGUCCUACGCUAAGGCCCAAAGCUGUGGCGGAACUUUCAGUGGUUCCAGCGGCACAGCGGCCUCUCCCAACUACCCCAACAGCUACGGCAACGACCUGAACUGCGAGUACAGCUUCCCUGCUAACGGCCAGCUGCUGCAAAUCACCUUCAACAGCUUCCAGCUGGAGGCAGCGAGCUCCUGGACCGGCAGCUGCUACGACACCGUUACUGUGUACGACGGAGGCGUUCGUGUUGGUGAGUACUGUGGUACUAACAGGCCGGCCAACAUCGCCACCCGAUCGGCGGUUACCAUCGAAUUCACUUCGGACUACAGCGUCGCAGCUUCCGGGUUCUCCCUCUCGUUCAGCCGCGGAGGUGAAAUCAUCACCACCACCACACUGCCCCCUCCCACCUACGCUCCUGGCUCGUGCGGAACCCCUGCCAUCCAGCCCCGCAGCUCGGAGAUGCUGAGGUACGAUCAGGCUGAGGGACGCAUCGUGAACGGAGACGACGCCACCCCCCACAGCUGGCCCUGGCAGGUGUCUCUUCAGACUUCUACAGGCUGGCACUACUGCGGUGGUUCUAUUGUGAACGAGAACUGGGUCAUCACUGCUGCUCACUGUGAUCCCACCAUUUCCUCUGACUACGUCAUCCUGGGAGAGCACAACAAGGGCGGCGGUACCGAGUCCAUCCAGCGCGUGCGCAUCUCCAGGAAGAUCUGCCACCAGCAGUACAACUCCAACACCAUCGACUACGACAUCUGCCUGCUGAAGCUGGCCACCCCCGCCGUGUUCAGUGAUAAAGUCCACCCCGUCUGCAUGGCAAACUCCGGUGAUGACUCUUCCUUCCCUGCUGGGAUGAGGUGCUACACUUCCGGCUGGGGAAAGACAUCUGCCUCCUCCUCCGGUACCCCUGACAUCCUGCAGCAGGCCAUGAUCCCCCUCAUCAGCACCUCGCAGUGCCAGGCCGCCUGGGGAAGUGUCAACACCAUCACUGACCGCAUGGUCUGCGCAGGCGCAGAUGGUGCCACCUCCUGCAUGGGUGACUCUGGUGGCCCGCUGGUGUGCCAGAAGGACGGUGCCUGGAACCUGAUCGGAGUCGUGUCCUGGGGAAGCUCCCAGUGCAGCACCUCCACCCCUGCCGUGUACGCACGCGUCACCAACCUCCGCCAGUGGCUCGACUCCACCAUGGCCAACAACUAAGUUGCGACUCACGUCCUUCCCUCUCAACAUCGCCUCUACCAUGUCUGCCCUGUAGCAAUUGCAUAGACUGUAGAUCAAGUCUUCUUUUCAGCCAGGCAUGGUAAAGUUGAAUGACUUCGGUCAUAUGGGAGCAUUGUAUACGGCUUUCUUGCUUGCAAACAAAAUUAAAAGAGAUCCGUCGUUUACAGUCAAUAAAGUUCAUAAUGCACAAUUA